CAUCAACUCCUCUGUCGGGUGGUGUGUGUAGCCGGCGUAGGCAAAAACCACUAUUUAAGUAGAAAAUUUAGUUUCUACUUCAUCUAUUCAAUUAAAUAGUUCUUCAUUUGUUACAUUUAAUCAGCUGAAUCAAUAUUGUGACAGUACUCAAGUCAAAAUGGCAGACGACGGUUUAAUAAGCAAUAACAGUGAACAGCGGCUAAUGAGAUCCUCGACUCCACCCGCUUCCGUCGUAUCGCCCGUUCCGAAUAUAAUUAUAACACGCAGACAGAUUUUUACAGUUAUUAUUCUGUGUUAUGUGAACUUGAUAAAUUAUAUGGACCGAUAUACUGUUGCUGGAAUGUUAACGGAUAUUCAAGACACGUUUCAAAUCAGCAACGCGCAAGCAGGUUUACUACAGACCGUCUUCGUGGUUGUUUACAUGGUGGUGGCGCCUAUAUAUGGCUACUUGGGUGACCGCUUCAACCGAAGAUAUCUCUUAUCGUUUGGCAUCUUCUUCUGGUCUUUAGCAACCUUAGCAGGAUCAUUCAUGCCGAACUACGCGAGCUUCACGGUGUUCCGGUGCCUGGUGGGCGUGGGAGAGGCGAGCUACUCGACCAUCGCCCCCACCAUAUUAUCCGACAUGUUCAUCGGCGACCAGCGCUCAAAAAUACUCGCCAUCUUCUACUUCGCCAUCCCUGUCGGCAGCGGUCUGGGCUACAUGGUGGGCGCUGAAGUAACCAAUAUCGCGAAGGCUCUGAACGCUGGGGAAGAAGCCUGGCGUUGGGGUCUGCGUGUAACCCCCGUGAUGGGGCUGGUGGCCGUCCUCCUCAUCCUGCUGGUGCUGCAGGAGCCUCCCCGUGGCCAGGUCGAGGGCGGCGAGCAUCUCAAGCCUACCAACUUCCUCAAGGACCUCAAGGAUCUCGCCACCAAUAAAUCGUACGUGUUGUCAACUAUCGCAAAAUUAAUAAUAAUGCACAGGGCUGGAGCGCUGGCGUGGUGGGGGCCGCUGUUCGUAGAGGCCGGUGUUGACAUACAGGAACACCCUGACGUGAACGUCAACAGCGUCGCCUUUGUCUUCGGGGCCAUCGCCAUGGUUGCCGGGCUUGUUGGCGUCCCGCUGGGGUCCUUUGGGGGCCAGUACCUCAGGAAGAUUUACGGCUACGGCGACCCGCUGGUGUGCGGGAUUGGUGUGCUGGUGGCGCUGCCGCUGCUGGGCGCCGGGAUGUACAUGGCGGAGUUUGACACCAAAGCCGCGUACGCCAUCGUCUUCUUCGGGCAGGUCUUCCUCAACCUCAACUGGGCCGUCAUCUCGGAUAUUGUGCUCUACAUCGUGAUCCCAACUCGGCGGUCGUCGGCUGAAGCUUUCCAAAUCCUCUUCUCGCACGCCCUGGGCGACGCCGGCAGCCCCUACGUCGUUGGGUUGGUGGCUGACUUGCUGAAGCCUUACUACAUGAACCAAAGCAACGUAUCCACCACAACAUCCCCAGUCAUGCUGGACCAACUCUUCUUCUUGAGCUCAAACUUGACCGCGACCACUGAAUUGCCCAGUGACUCGGACGACAAAUACGCUUCUUUUAAGGCGCUGCAGAUGUCUUUCUACUUGUGCACGUGCGUGCUUAUCUUGGGCGCCGUGUUCUUCUUCAUCACCUGCUGCUUCAUUGAGAAGGAUAAAGAGAGAACUGACCGCACUAUUGCAGGAGGAGGCGACGUUCACAGCCACAGCGGCAGCGACCACAGCACGGACAGCAGCAGCGACGGUGAAGUGCCUUCGUCGUUAGAUCCUCGACACAGAUACGCGCACGAGAAUCGGACGAAAAGAGCGAGAAGCAGCCGCCAGAUGUCCCAGUCGACGGCGAUGGAGAUAAUCCUGCCGUGUAAAUCUACCGCUAUGCAAAUACAAUUAAAUUUAGGAAGUUCUCGGGUUAUUGGUCAAGUUUAAUAGGCUCACUCACCAAAAAGUUAUUCUGUGGCACGUAUAUGUAACUUUAAAGUGAGUAAAAUCCUGUCUAUUUAUUUAGCGAACUUAGAAUAUAUAUUUUUUACUAUG